CACACACACACACACACACACACACACCGCCGCUUGGUUGGAUCGGAUCCGUUGUGACUGGUCAUGAAUUCGGCGGAGCAGACGGUGACAUGGCUGAUUACGCUCGGGGUGCUGGAGUCGCCGAAGAAGACCAUCUCGGAUCCCGAAGCCUUCCUGCAGACCUCCCUCAAAGAUGGGGUGGUCCUGUGCAGACUGCUGGAGCGGCUCAGCCCGGGCUCCACGGACAAAAUCUACCAAGAACCGAAGAACGACGGCGAGUGCUUGAGCAACAUAAAGGAGUUUCUCAAAGGCUGCGCAUCGUUUCGCGUUGAGCCGUUUGAGGCCAGUGAUCUGCUGCUGGGCCUGAACUUCUCGAAGGUGCUGAGCAGUCUGGUCGCCCUCAACAAAGUUACCGCAGAUAUCGGCGUGGGUAGUGACUCUGUCUGCGCGCGUCACUCCUCGGCGCUCCGCAUCAAGUCGUUUGAAUCGCUGUCCUCCCAGUCCUCUUUGGGGCGAUCCUCGAAGCUGCUGCACAGCCAGUUCCGCAGUUUGGACAUGUCGGAGAACAGCGGACAGCAGCUGGUGAAGGCGCGCUUCAACUUCCAGCAGACCAAUGAGGAUGAGCUCACCUUCACCAAGGGAGAAAUCAUCAACGUGACUCGCCAGGAGGAGGGCGGCUGGUGGGAGGGGACGCUCAAUGGCAAGACAGGCUGGUUCCCCAGCAACUACGUGCGAGAGGUCAAAGGUUGCGACAAGCAAGUGUCCCCCAAGUCUGGAACCCUUAAGAGCCCCCCUAAAGGCUUUGACACCACAGCAAUCAGCAAGACGUACUACAACUUGGUGUUGCAGAACAUUUUAGAAACCGAGACAGAAUACUCCAAAGACCUCCAGAGUCUCCUCACAAACUACCUGCGGUCUCUUCAGAGCACAGACAAAUUGAGCAGUUCAGACGCAGCUUUGAUCCUGGGGAAUCUGGAAGAGAUCAGCACCUUUCAGCAGAUGUUGGUCCAGUCAUUGGAGGAGUGCACCAAACUUCAAGAGAGCCAGCAGAGGGUAGGUGGUUUCUUCCUCAACCUCAUGCCCCAAAUGAAGGCCCUCUAUGUGGGUUACUGUUCCAACCAUCCCUCAGCGGUCAAUGUGCUUACCCAGCACAGUGAGGCAUUGGGAGAGUUUAUGGAAGGGAGGGGUGCGGUCAGUCCCGGGAUCCUCACACUGACCACGGGCCUCAGCAAACCCUUCAUGAGGUUGGACAAAUACCCAACAUUACUAAAAGAACUGGAGAGGCACAUGGAGGAAAUUCAUCCUGACAAGCCAGACAUUCAGAAGUGCAUGGCGUCAUUCAAGAAUUUAUCCGCCCAGUGUCAGGAGGUCCGGAAGCGGAAGGAGUUGGAGCUGCAAAUCCUGACCGAGUCCAUCCGGCUGUGGGAAGGAGACGACAUCAGGACCCUUGGCUGUGUGUUGUACAUGAGUCAGGCCAUGGUCCAUAGUCCCGGGGCAGAGGAGAAAUGUGAGCGUUACCUCAUGCUCUUCCCCCAUGUCCUCCUCAUGCUGUCUGCGAGUCCCAGGAUGAGUGGCUUCAUAUUUCAGGGAAAGCUGCCCCUUGCUGGCAUGGCGGUGACCAAGCUGGAAGAUUGUGAAGCCCAUAAAAAUGCUUUUGUCUCUGCAGGUACAAUGUUUGAGCGUCUCCAAGUGAUUUGCAACAACCAGCAAGACCUGCAGGACUGGGUGGAGCACCUGACCAGACAGACCAAACACACCGCGGCCUCCGCACCCAGCCACAAGCCCUCUGCAGUGCCCUGCCACACGCUCCCAUCUCACCCCCUGACUCCGUCCCGGCACGCCGAAGGGAGGGCCAUGACAGUGGCUCCAGCGUACCACACCCUGCCCCAUCCCUCCUCCCACGGAACUUCUCACAGCACCAUGAUGUGGGGGCCCGCUGGAGCCCCCGAAACCCCUAAACCCUGGAGCCUGAGCUGCCUGCGGCCCGCGCCCCCCUUGCGGCCCUCAGCCGCUCUCUGCUACAAGGAGGACCUGAGUAAAAGUCCCAAGAGUGUGAAGAAGCUUCUCCCCAAACGCAAGCCUGAGAGGAAGCAGUCCGAAGAGGAGUUUGCCCUGAGAAAGAGUACAGCCGCCUUGGAGGAGGACGCACAGAUCCUUAAAGUCAUAGAAGCCUACUGCACCAGCGCCAAAACCAGGCAGACACUCAACUCCACCUGGCAGGGCACCGACCUGAUGCACAACCACGUGCUCGCCGACGUGGACCGGUCCUGCCUGGACUCCCCAGGCCGCCGUAGCAGCAUGACGCGGCCGGAGGUGACCUCCGACCUCUCGGAGGACUCUGACUAUGACUCCAUCUGGACCACCCACAGUUACAGGAUGGGCUCGGUGUCGCGUAAGAGCUGCAUCUCUCACCAGAACUAA